AUGAGAACAGACUGCAAGUGCACCGCUGCCAGGAAAAGCGCUCACUUGGGACCCAAAACUGCAGCCCACAAACCGACCUGGCACCCGAAACCCCAGGCGGGAACCCGGCCCUCCCGCCAGGCCCCGCCCGGCGCCCGAGCCACGCCACGCCCACUCUGGGGACUCCCCGCCCCUCGGAACACGCCUCCUCCAGGAAAUGCCCCGCCCGGCGCCCACGCCACGCCCCCUCCGAGACACCCUGGCCUGCGCGAUACGCCCCCUCCCGGAAAUGCCCCACCCAGCGCCAGAGCCACGCCACGCCCCCUGGGGGCCCCGCCCCGCGCGACACACCUCCUCCCGGAAAUGCCCCACCCAGCGCCAGAGCCACGCCACGCCCCCUGGGGGCCCCGCCCCGCGCGACACACCUCCUCCCGGAAAUGCCCCACCCAGCGCCAGAGCCAUGCCCCGGACCAGCACGCUCCACCCACCGCCCAAGCCACGCCCCCAAAGAGCCCGACUGGAACGGCCUCCCGGGACCCGCCUCCUUAG